GGACGGACUUAUUACGGGUGCCCGGCCGGCUCUUGCGGAAGUACAUGCGCCAUUGGGAGGGACUCAGCGACUGCUCUAUGCCCUUGUUGAGCGCCUGCUCCUGGGUCAUUGCCGGAGCAGGUGUCGGACUGGGGCCGACACGGGGCUCCCACGUGGCCGUCUCGGCGCUUGUGUGUGGUCUGCGCUGGCGGGAUGUGGCGAGUACGUCGGGCGGUCGUGGCCUGUGAAGUCUGCCAAUCCUUAGUGAAACAUAGCUCUGGGAUACAAAGAAACUUACCGCUCCAAAAACUACACCUGGUUUCACGAAGUAUUUACCGUUCACAUCAUCCCAUCCUGAAGCUUCAAAGACCACAAUCAAGGACAUCAUUUCAGCAGUUCUCUUCGCUAACUAACCUUUCCUUACAUAAACUGAAACUUUCUCCAAUUAAAUAUGGCUACCAGCCCCGUAGGAACUUUUGGCCAGCAAGAAUAGCUGCCAGGCUCCUGAAACUUCGAUAUAUCAUACUGGGAUCUGCUGUUGGGGGUGGCUAUACGGCCAAAAAAACCUUCGAUGAGUGGAAAGAUAUGAUACCAGACCUUAGUGACUAUAAGUGGAUUGUGCCUGACUUUAUAUGGGAAAUUGAUGAGUAUAUUGAUUUGGAGAAAAUUAGAAAAGCCCUUCCGACUUCAGAAGACCUUGCCAAUUUAGCUCCUGACCUGGACAAGAUCGCUGAAAGCCUCAGUUUGUUGAAGGACUUCUUCACUGCAGGUCCCAAAUUGGUUAGUGAACUCAUAGAAGCUUCUGGCCCACUUCUCUUGUUAGGUUCACCUGGAGAAACAGCAUUUAGAGCAAAAGAUCAUGGAUCAGAAAGUGACAAGCAUUAUAAGAAGGGUCUGCUUGGUGAGCUCAUUCUCUUACAGCAGCAAAUUCAAGAGCACGAAGAGGAAGCACGCAGAGCCGCUGGCCAGUAUAGCCCGAGCUAUGCCCAACAGAAGUGCAAGGUGUCAGACAAAGAAAAGAUUGACCAACUUCAAGAAGAACUUCUGCAUACUCAGUUAAAGUAUCAGAGGAUCUUGGAGCGUUUAGAAAAGGAGAACAAAGAGCUGAGAAAACUGGUUCUGCAGAAGGAUGACAAAGGCAUCCAUCAUAGGAAACUUAAGAAAUCUUUGAUUGAUAUGUAUUCUGAAGUUCUUGAUGUUCUCUCCGAUUAUGAUGCCAGUUAUAAUACACAAGAUCAUCUGCCACGGGUUGUUGUGGUUGGAGAUCAGAGCGCUGGGAAAACAAGUGUGCUGGAAAUGAUUGCUCAAGCACGGAUAUUCCCACGAGGGUCUGGUGAGAUGAUGACACGUUCUCCAGUGAAGGUGACUCUCAGUGAAGGUCCUCACCAUGUGGCUUUGUUUAAAGACAGCUCCCGGGAGUUUGACCUCACCAAAGAGGAAGAUCUUGCGGCAUUAAGGCAUGAAAUUGAACUCCGAAUGAGGAAAAAUGUUAAAGAAGGUUGUACCGUAAGCCCUGAGACCAUAUCGUUGAAUGUCAAAGGCCCUGGGCUUCAAAGGAUGGUGCUUGUGGACCUGCCCGGUGUCAUUAAUACUGUGACAUCUGGCAUGGCUCCUGACACAAAGGAAACUAUUUUCAGUAUCAGCAAAGCUUACAUGCAGAAUCCUAAUGCCAUCAUCCUGUGCAUUCAAGAUGGAUCUGUAGAUGCUGAGCGUAGCAUCGUUACAGAUUUGGUCAGUCAAAUGGAUCCUCACGGAAGAAGAACAAUAUUUGUUUUGACCAAAGUGGAUCUGGCGGAAAAAAACGUAGCCAGUCCAAGCAGGAUACAACAGAUCAUUGAAGGCAAGCUUUUCCCAAUGAAAGCUCUGGGUUAUUUUGCUGUCGUGACAGGAAAAGGAAACAGUUCUGAAAGCAUUGAAGCUAUAAGAGAAUAUGAAGAAGAAUUUUUUCAGAAUUCAAAACUCUUAAAGACAAGUAUGCUAAAGGCGCACCAGGUCACUACAAGAAAUCUCAGCCUUGCUGUGUCGGACUGCUUUUGGAAAAUGGUUCGAGAGUCAGUUGAACAACAGGCUGACAGUUUCAAAGCAACACGCUUUAACCUGGAGACGGAGUGGAAGAACAACUACCCCCGCCUGCGAGAGCUCGACAGGAAUGAACUAUUUGAGAAAGCUAAAAAUGAGAUCCUCGAUGAAGUUAUCAGUCUGAGCCAGGUUACUCCGAAACACUGGGAGGAAAUCCUUCAGCAGUCUCUGUGGGAGAGAGUGUCAACGCAUGUGAUUGAGAACAUCUACCUUCCAGCUGCACAGACCAUGAACUCAGGAACAUUUAACACCACGGUGGACAUCAAGCUCAAACAGUGGACUGACAAGCAGCUUCCUAACAAAGCAGUCGAGGUAGCUUGGGAGACGCUACAGGAGGAGUUCUCCCGCUUCAUGACGGAGCCCAAAGGAAAGGAACAUGAUGACAUAUUUGACAAGCUGAAGGAGGCUGUGAAGGAAGAGAGUAUCAAGCGACACAAGUGGAAUGACUUUGCAGAAGACAGCUUGAGGGUCAUUCAGCACAAUGCUUUAGAAGACCGGUCCAUAUCGGAUAAGCAACAGUGGGAUGCAGCCAUUUACUUUAUGGAAGAGGCACUGCAAGCUCGUCUCAAGGACACUGAAAAUACUAUCGAAAACAUGAUAGGGCCAGACUGGAAAAAGAGGUGGAUGUACUGGAAGAAUCGGACCCAAGAGCAGUGUGUUCACAACGAAACAAAGAAUGAAUUGGAGAAGAUGCUGAAGUUCAGUGAGGAGCACCCAGCUUACCUUGCAAGUGAUGAGAUCACCACAGUCCGGAAGAACCUGGAAUCGCGAGGAGUGGAAGUAGAUCCAAGCUUGAUUAAGGAUACUUGGCAUCAAGUUUAUAGAAGACAUUUCUUAAAAACAGCUCUAAAUCAUUGUAACCUUUGUCGAAGAGGUUUUUAUUACUACCAGAGGCAUUUUAUAGAUUCUGAGCUGGAAUGCAAUGACGUGGUCCUGUUUUGGCGAAUACAGCGCAUGCUGGCUAUCACUGCCAAUACGUUAAGGCAGCAGCUUACAAAUACUGAAGUUAGGCGACUAGAGAAAAACGUUAAAGAGGUAUUAGAAGACUUUGCUGAAGAUGGUGAGAAGAAGGUUAAAUUGCUUACUGGCAAACGAGUUCAGCUGGCCGAAGACCUCAAGAAAGUCAGAGAAAUUCAAGAAAAACUUGAUGCUUUCAUCGAAGCUCUUCAUCAGGAGAAGUAGACCGGAUAAAUAAAAAUCCUGCUCAUAAUGUAAUCACCUCUGCAUACAUUGGAAGAAUGAAAACGUCAGAGUUUCUUAUCCUGCCUCCUCUUCUCCUGUUCUGCCUUUUUCAGUGAAAAAUAAAGUCAUAGGGUAAAAACAACUUCUGUGUGUUACAGGCACUUCAGCCCCCGCUGCCUUCUGAGCAGAAGAAUGGUGAAAAUGGCAUUCAUACUCUGUGUGCUUUUACUGAGCUGACAAUUUGGGAAAAAUAAUUGGUAUGGCCGUUAGGCUUAGUCCUCAAAGAUGAGGAAGUUGCUCUCUCGAGUCUUAUUUGUGGUGCCACCAAUGUGAUUCAUUAUGGAUGUUAUCAGACAUUUAAUGGUAGUUGCUUUGGAAUAAAACUUCUGGUAAUUUUUUAAAAGGCAUCAAUUGUAUAGAUGAUGACGGUUACCAGCUAAGCCGCCAUCUGUCUGCAGUGUUCUGUACCCAGGAACUGUUUGGCUGUGAUAAUUCAGUUUAUGUUCACCACAUGAAAGAAAGCUGUUUUAUAAAAGAACACUAAAGACAGGUUAAUUUGUGUUGGGCAGUUCAGUGUAUAGUCAGUGAAAGAAACCUCAACCCUCCAUUGCCAGCUCAGAAAUUCGCCUCGGAAGCCAAUAGCAGCCCUGUAUAGUUGGUUGCUGCUUCUACACUCUGUAUCUGUUUGCAAUUAAUUCAUUUUGGAUAUUGUGUGCUCUCGCUCUAGCCAUUGAGUUAUGACACAAGAUGGAGGAGAUUAAAGGGAACCAGUUGAUGAAUUCAUUUAGAGUGCAUCAGGGAAAGGCAAUACCUCAGCCCUCAUACACUGUUUUAAAUAAAAAAUAAUUCUAACAAGUGGGAGAAAGUUGGCCCACCCCCAAUUAAAGCGGAAAAUUCUGUUUAAUUCAUUGCCGUUCAGUUACUGCAGUUAGUUACUUCACAGUAUUUUCAUGUGUUUUAUAAAGUGUAUUGGCUAAAAGACUUUAAAGCAAACAAAUACUCCAUACUAAACAUGUCUUUUUCACUUGCUACCUUUUUUUAUUAAGGCCUUAUUGUGCUGGUGGUAAAAAUGCCCAAUGUUGCAGUUUUCAUUUCACAGUUAAUUUUAUAACCAGUUUUCUUGGAGCUGUUUUUUGGCUUUAAAUCCCUCAAAAUCUGACAGAAUAGAAGGAAAACUAUUUCAGAAACUGUGAAUUCAGUAAGUACUUUAUUUAAAUUAUCAUAUAAGAAACUUAGGUACGGUUCUCUGCUAAGAGUAGCCCCCAUCGUUCCCUAGAGUAUGAGUGCUCAGGUGUAGGACAGAGCUGACCAGAGCUCUGUAGAGCCCUCAGCUGAUCCACACACAUUAGGAGAUGCUCCCCUAGGCCAGUGGUUCUCAACUUGUGGUUGUCACCCUUUAGGAGUCAAUAGCAGAUAUCCUGCAUAUCAGAUAUUUGUGAUACAGUACAGAACAUUAGCAAAAUUAUAGUUAAAUAACAGUGAAAUAAAUUUAUGGUUGACGGUCACCACAACCUGAGGAACAGUAUUAAAGGAUCUCAGCAUUAGGAAGGUUGAGAACUAUUGGUGUAAGCCCUGCUAGCCCUACUGUGGGUGGAGGCCCUGGCUGAGGCCAGCAGGAGAAAGCUGCAGAUUUCUUCCAAGCAAAAGCCAGAUGUUAAGUAUCAUAUCCCAUUGUAUAGUUGUUUGUUUGUUUGUUUGUUUAAGUGGAAAAGAACUUUUAUUUCUUUGAUAUUUGUAACUCAACUUAAAAGUAGAUUAUCAAAAAAUCACUGUCAUUCUUCAAAUCCCCAUGGGCUAUUUUUAACCUGGUUCUGUGCUUACUAUGCACCACCACCCCCUUGAAAGCUAGGUAUGUAUUAAAUGCAGAAGCUGUGAGAAGGACCUAAAGUUCAGCCCCAGCAGUAGACCCUGAGUAUCAUGUCUGCAGUUCAGGGGCUUGAUAUACAGAGCUAAAGAACUGGACAAGAAACCAUGUGGUUUCAUGUCCAAAUUUGCAAGGAAUAAAGUGAAUGAAAUUCUCUUUGGAGAACUAAAGGAUUUAAAGUAGAUCACAAGCGAAAUGACUUGGUCAAUUAUGAAUCCCCAGUCUGUGUACAGCAUGAACCAUAGGAAGCAAGCUUGCUGCUUCAGCUGCACACCAGACAAGCUGCAGGUAGAGGUGGAGCAGUCUGGACCGUAUUACCCUUAGUCUCUCUUUUCCUGUGUCAACCCGUUUCCCAGCCUAUAUUCAGAGGACUCGCUCAGAUUGCUCAGUGACCAAAUGGAGACGAACUGUGUGAAAGCGCACGGGGGCACGGCAAGUAGGACUUCCCAACUGUAGGACUGUCACUUGUAGGACUCUGGUGGCAGAAGCAGGAUGAUCAUGAGUUCAAGGCAACCCAGAGCUAUUCAGGGAGGCUCUAUCUCAAAAACAAAAAUAAUAAAAUUAAGAGUGUGGGCUUAACAGGCAACUUUUCAACUAGUUAAUUUUCUAUUUAUUUAUUUCAGAUGUAUUUAUCUGAUUAAAGAAAUGUGGAAUUUUUUUUUUCUUUCCAAUAAAUGAGAUUACGGUGUUGCCGUAUCUCCAUCCUCUCUGCUGGUGUAUGGUAGAUUGUCAUAUACUGUAGCAAAUGGAAAUGUGCUUGAAAAUAUGCUUAUCUUCUAAAUGAUCAUGACUAUUUGAUAGCUAAAUAUUUAACCAUGUCUUCACUGUGCACCGUGAAUGGACUUUGUAUUAUUUUUAAACCUUACACUCAGAUGUAAAUGUUACUACGACUUACAUUUGCCUGUUCAUGAUCUAAGGUCAUUUGUGUAGCUCGGUAAUUAAAACAUACUGAUGUGACAUUAUAA